AUGGAGAACAAAGGUUCUUCGACGAAGAACAUCGAACAAGCUCAAGAACGUUGUUAUCAAGAAUGGAUGACUUUACAAUCCCAACGCAUCUCUGAGCUCAAACAAGCUUUGGCUCAACGACGCUCUCAAGACGACCCCAACGCCGUUAAAACCCUCCGCGAGUUAACCGGAAAGAUCAUCGGAGAUUUUAGAGAUUACGCUCGGAAAAGAGCUAAUCUUUCUAACCGAUGUGGCUCAAACUAUUAUGCUCCGUCGUGGAAUACUCCUUUAGAGAACGCUCUGAUUUGGAUGGGUGGUUGUAGACCAUCUUCUUUUUUUCGUCUCGUUUAUGCUUUGUGUGGCUCUCAAACUGAGAUUCGUCUCUCUCAGUUUCUUCGUAACAUCGACGGUUACGAUCAUUCAGGUGGCGGUGGCGCAUCACUAAGCGAUAUAACGGCGGAGCAACUAGCGAAGAUCAACGUCUUGCAUGUGAAAAUAAUAGACGAAGAAGAGAAGAUGACCAAGAAAAUAUCGAGCUUGCAAGAAGACGCUGCGGAUAUUCCCAUCGCCACGGUGGCUUACUCAGAGGAGCACGUCGGAGAGCCUAACUCGAUGGUAGAUCAAGCUCUGGACAAGCAAGAAGAAGCUAUGGCCAAUUUAUUGGCCGAGGCCGAUCAUCUAAGGGUGGAUACUAUAACCAAGAUCGUCGAGAUUCUAACGCCAACACAAGCAGCCGAUUUCUUGCUCGCCGGAAAAAAACUUCAUCUUUCCAUGCAUGAAUGGGGAACAGUGAGAGAUCACCACCGUCGUGAAUGUGCAAUAGCCGCCGGAGAGGAGGACAAGUAG